UGCAGUGCGAGCGGCAGCAAUGGCGGAUGUUAUGAAUGUCGGAGUGAAUCUGGAAGCUUUUUCACAAGCGAUUAACGCCAUCCAGGCUCUUCGAUCGAGCGUCACCAGGGUGUUUGAUUCUCUUAAGGAUGGGAUGAAGAAAAAGGAAACCCUUGAGAGGCGGGAAAAAGUCUUUAUGACUGAUUUUCAAGAUAAUUUGCAAUCAGUCAAUCGCGAUUUAAAUGAAUUGGAGCGUCUCAGUACUUUGGUCGGUAGGCCGUCAGAAAGCCACCCCUUACACAACAGCGGGCUGCUCAGUCUAGACCCAGUACAGGACAAAACCCCUCUGUACAGCCAACUGCUCCAGGCAUACAAAUGGUCCAAUAAAUUACAGUACCAUGCUGGUCUGGCCUCCAGUCUUCUAAACCAACAGUCACUCAAACGAUCAGCCAAUCAGAUGGGAACGUCUGCCAAGAGAAGACCCAAAGUCCAGCCCAGCACUCUUGUCCUCCCCACACAAUAUGUGGAUGAUGUCAUAUCCAGAAUCGGACGAAUGUUUCCUGAUAUGUCAAUCGAGCUCUUCCGGCCCAAUGGGACGUCAGCAGUUCUCCUGGUCACAUUGGGAAAAGUUUUGAAAGCCAUUGUCGUAAUGCGGAGUCUUUUCAUUGACCGCACGAUUGUCCGAGGAUUCCACGAGAACUUGUACAUGGAAGACGGAAAGCUGGACAUCUGGUCUAAGUCCAACUAUCAAGUAUUUCAGAAGGUCACUGAUCAUGCAACCACGGCUCUCUUGCAUUACCAGCUCCCGCAGAUGCCUGAUGUUGUGGUUCGUUCUUUCAUGACCUGGUUGAGAAGCUACAUUAAGCUUUUCCAGACUCCGUGUCAACGCUGUGGCAAGUACCUGCAGGACGGUCUUCCUCCAACAUGGAGGGACUUCCGAACUCUGGAGGCCUUCCAUGACACCUGCAGGCAGUGACCCGGACCUCACAGUAUUCCAUAGCUUGCCUUGGAAAACUAGACUGUUCUCUCUCGGGUUCCAUCGUUUCUCACCCACAUUUUCCUCCAGCUGGAUAUUGUACUUUUAUUAAAAAAAAAACUGAAUAAAGAUAUUUUCAUAAUUGUGCUAUCUAGCACAAGAGCAUCAUUCAUCUUUUGUGUUUUAGGUAGGUUUCUCUGUUUAAAAAACAUUUUUUAUCUAAAAAAACAAUUUUCUUUUGUUUUUCAAACCGUCUCAUUAUUUUAAAAACAAUUGUUGACAAUAAGUCUUCCAGGUUGGUUUUGUUUAAUGCUAAUUUUAGCACAAACAUCUUUUUAUUUUAAAUGUGCAUGUAAAAUGUUCAGAAUCCACUGCACAAAAAUGCAAAACGUGCGUGCGAUUCAUUAAAAAUACAUUGCAAUCCAAAGUACACAGCUGCUGGAGCGUUCUUAAAUGUGUAUGACCUCGAAAUUACGGUUGCUUUUUAUUUCCCAUCAUGUAAUAUUAACACGACGAUGACAAAAUCUUUCAAUCGGUGUGUUUGCGUGGGAGCUUGACUUUUGUUUUCUACCCUUGCUUGAUGCGACUUCACUUCUGCCUGUGACACAAUGUACACAAGCUUGAAUUAUUGAGCAUAUUUGUUUUAGGCAUUUUGUAAACACAAGUCAGCACUGACCAUCAGUCCUGAUAAGGAUAAAUGAAUUAACUAAACAGAAAUGGGACUACAGAAAUCAAAAAACGUUGAGACCGUAUGUGUCCUCGACUCCUCGCGUGUCCUUGCCCUUUUUAUAAAAUAUCUUGCUGGUUACUCACUGGGUUUUAGAAGUUCAAAUCCGAUUCAUUGUUCAGUUUUAAGCAAUGUGUAAAGUUUGUGCAAUAACCUUUCAAGAGCUGGUUAUUACUGUUUGAAUUAAUUUUUGUUGUAUGUGUAUGAGUACAUUGUACAUUGCUGUAGGAGUCCCUAAAAGGUCAGAAUUCAUAUCUUUAAAAGGGUUAAAUCGUCUAAACCUUAUACAGUAUAAAGGUUCGGAUGUUCAGACCUGCUGAGCAGAUUCUCAGUUCUCUGUAUUUACAGAUUUAAAAAACUCAUAGAGCUCGGCUUUUUCCAUGAUCUACUUUGAUCGCCUGAAACCGUCAUUGCCUUCAGAUCCCACUCAGCAGAAUGUGACUUAAGUUAUCCUUAGAAGUCUCUCUCUCUCUCUCUUCGCUUGUUGUUAAAUUAGGAUUUAGAAGCCGUUGUGCCAAUACUUCAGUGUUUUGUUUUUCCUAGUGAUUAAGCAAUGUUGAUAUUACAUUUGUACGUAUGAUUUGGGGCCAUUCAAAAGUUUUGACUGGUUUUGGUGUGAUGUGGCCCGAUGAUUAAAGUUCAGAUAAUCUGAAGGGAUCUGACAAAAUUUUGUAUAGUUUGGUAUAAAAAUAAAGAUAAAGACGACACAAAAAAAUAUUCAUUUUUUAUUUUUAUUAGUGCUUGUUUCUUUUCAUGUAAUAAUUUUAAAGGCGGGGUGUCCGAUUUCCGAAUUACGCUUGUUUAGACAAAGUCGGGCCGAGUACCAAAACAACCUUGUAGCCAAUCAGCAGUAAGGUCCACAGUGCACAGGACGGACAUUAGUCGAGCCGAGCGCUGACGAAAGCGAAAGAUGGGGGUAGGGGUGUGUCUGUUUUGGUGAUUUGAACAUCAACAACGGCUAUGAGAAAUCGGACACCCCGCCUUUAAGUCAUCUGGAAGCCCCUUGGAAGUUUGUUGAGGUUCCCUCAUGGGAAUUGUUCUGCACAAUAAGUUUGAUGUAUUAUUACUAUUUACAGGCAUAAUCAAUUCACAUCUUGUGAAGAAGUAAACGGGACAAGACUGCCUUACAAGACCAAAAUAGCCUCCUACUAUAUAUAAACAAUUUGUUACGACUGUCGUGUACUGUAUUCAACAGCACAUUUUUCAGCCUGACCUCCUCUGGUGUUGAAUCGUAUGUUUGUGUAUCGUGUCUUAUGAUUGCGGCGUGUGUGUGAAGAUUCCCGUGGUGCCGGCCGUUCACCCUCCCCAGCCCGUGGCCUCAUUAACUGUUCCCCGUCACCUCUUCCCACGCGCUCCCUCAUGAACGCAUAAUUACGCCCCCGACCCGUGCUAAUGAUUGAUUUCUUUACCAGGUGCCUAGCGUUGUAGUCCCGGUCCUUGCCCCAGUGUAAAUUUGCCAAGGCUGCGAAAGGUCUUUAAGGUUCAUAUUCAUCUUUUCUGCACGAAUCUGAAGAGUCUUAUUCCUUGUCUUUAUUUCAAUGUCACUGGAUUAUUUUUUAAGGUGAUGUGGGUUUUUUUCAGAAUUGCAGUACUGUAUGCCAUAUCCUAACUGUUAAUGACGAUUAAAGCCCCAGUGAAAUCAAUAUGAAAGUUUUUUCCUUUCAUUAAAAUAAGUUGGUCUUAAGGACGUCAAUAAACGUAUAUGCUCCCACGUGCUGACAAAAUU